CACAUUUUGUCGUGAAACACUCACGUGUUGCUGCAAAGCCACGAAAGUGCCGUCCUGAUCCUCUUUAAAAGGAUGGUUAGUGCGUGCAGCCAGCUCAAUCUGUCUCUUUCUCUUGUGCCUGGUGUACUAUUAGUGCUUGGGUGCAAAAUGCAGCUGUAGGAAAGAAAGAUCUGCUGGGAGACAAGAGAGAGCCGCGCAGAUAUGGCGGACGAGAAGAAAGGUCCAAUCGACCUGGAGAAGUCGCAGCCUCGGGCGCGCAAGACUUGUCCCAUAGCAAUGCCGAAGCUGCCGAAACCACUGACCCUGGAGGAGAAGCGCUACCUUCUGGCGGUGGAACGCGGCGAUGCUCCCAACGUGCGCCGCAUUCUGCAGAAGGCCUAUCAGAAAAAGCACAUCAACAUCGACUGCAUGGACUCGCUGGGCCGCGGCGCCAUGCUCAUGGCUAUCGACAACGAAAACUUGGACAUGGUUGAGCUCCUGAUCGUGAUGGGCGUCGCAACCAAGGAUUCCCUGCUGCACGCCAUCGAGGCCGAAUUUGUCGAGGCUGUUGAACUUCUUCUCCAGCACGAGGAACUCAUUCACAAGGAAGGAGAAGCGCAUAGCUGGGAAAAAGUUGACCCAGUAAUCGCCACUUUUCCUCCGGACAUCACGCCGCUAACCCUGGCUGCACACAAGGACAACUUCGAGAUCAUCAAGAUCCUUCUAGACCGUGGAGCAACACUUCCUAUGCCCCACGACAUAAAGUGCGGGUGUGAUGAGUGCAUCAUCGCAACGAAGGACGACUCCCUGCGUCACUCUCUGGCCCGCGUAAACGCCUACAGAGCCUUGGCAAGUCCCUCUCUGAUCGCCCUUUCGUCCAACGAUCCCAUCAUGACCGCCUUCGAACUCUCCUGGGAGCUCCGAAACUUGGCUUUCACCGAGCAAGAAUGCAAAGGAGAUUAUUUGGAAUUAAGGAGGCAGUGCCAACAAUUUGCAGUCAACUUGCUCUCCCACACGCGCGGCUCCCGAGAACUUGCCAUCAUCCUGAACCACGACCCUGAGAGUGAAGUUCCUUAUGAGGACGGCGAACACAUGAAGCUGGCCAGACUUGAGCAGGCCAUUAAUUUCAAGCAAAAAACGUUUGUCGCUCACCCUAACAUCCAACAACUGCUUGCUGCAAUUUGGUACGAGGGAGUGCCUGGAUUCAGGAGACUCAAGGCCACGCAAAAGCUGAUGGAGAUCGUCAAAGUGGCUGUUCUGUUCCCAUUUUACUGCAUGUUGUACAUGUUGGCUCCAAACUGCAAAACUGGCAAACUCGUUCGCAAACCGUUUAUGAAAUUUUUGCUCCACGCCUCGUCAUAUCUAUUCUUUCUGCUACUGCUGAUUUUGGUGUCCCAAAGGGCGGAAGUGCUCUUUGUCCAGAUUUUCGGGACGGAGAGCAUGAAAGCAGACCUUCAGGAAGAACUGAAACGGCAGCGAGGCAACGGGCCCACUUAUCUGGAGCUUCUCGUUUGCCUCUACGUGUUUGGCUUCAUCUUUGAAGAGACCAAAGAGAUUGUUCGCGAAGGCAUCGGCAGCUAUUUGCGCAACAUGUGGAACAUCAUCGACUUCACGCGGAACUCGCUCUACGUGGCCGUCAUGAUGUUGCGCGGCGUUGCGUGGAUGCAGCAGCAGGCCCAGAUCACAGCCGACCCCGCGUCUGCCUACGUUCCCCGCGAGCACUGGGACGAUUUUGACCCGCAGCUCAUCUCGGAAGGUCUGUGCGCCGCAGCCAACGUCUUCUCGGCGCUCAAACUGGUCCACUUGUUCUCCAUCAAUCCGCACUUGGGACCUCUGCAGAUUUCCCUCGGCAGGAUGGUCAUCGACAUCGUCAAGUUCUUCUUCAUUUACAGUCUUGUGCUUUUUGCGUUCGCCUGCGGUCUGAACCAGCUGCUGUGGUACUUUGCCGACCUCGAAAAGCAGCGUUGCUACAGCCUGCCGGGUGGAUUGCCUGACUGGAACAACCACGGCGACUCCUGCGUCAAGUGGAGGCGAUUUGGAAAUCUUUUUGAAUCCUCCCAAUCACUCUUCUGGGCCUCGUUUGGCAUGGUUGGUCUUGACGACUUUGAGCUGAUCGGCAUAAAAUCGUACACUCGCUUCUGGGGCUUGCUCAUGUUUGGUUCAUACUCGGUGAUCAAUGUAAUUGUCUUGCUGAACCUCCUCAUUGCCAUGAUGUCCAACUCAUACGCAGCAAUCGUGGAACACUCGGACACCGAGUGGAAGUUUGCCAGGACCAAAUUGUGGAUGAGCUACUUUGAGGAAAGCGCCACUUUGCCGCCGCCUUUCAACAUCAUCCCCACGCCUAAGCACAUGAUGAAGAUGUUGGGCCUGAGGAAAAAGGACAAGAUGAGACGCAUGUCGACCAAGCGCAAGGAGAAGGUUGAGAAGGAGCGCGAUUUCCGCUACACAGCAGUGAUGCGCGCCCUCAUCUGGCGCUACGUCGCCGCCAUGCAACGGAAGCAGGACGACAACCCUGUCACAGAGGAUGACAUCAACGAGGUCAAGUCUGAGAUCACUUCAAUGAAGUGCGAAAUCCUCGAGACCCUGGCCAAGAACGGAAUGAACGUUGACAAUGAGGCUACCAAGGAUAAGGUUGUUCUUGGAAAGAAGAUGCGAGUGUGGGAGAGACGACUGAUGAAGGAUUUCCACGUCGCCCCUGUUGCCGGUGAAGAGACAUUCGAGGAGCUGCAGGCGGUGCCACCACCUGAGAACGAGGACAAACUGGCUAAAUUUAGGCGUCUUGCAAAACUAGCCGUGCUCCAGUCGAGCUCUCACAAAUGGGGAGAGGUUAUUCGCGAAGCGUGCAAAUCUUCUCAAAUCGGCCGGUCGUGCAGCCGCGAGUCCUUCAAGAACCAGCAGUAUCUGCAGAAAGCCAUGCAGGAGGCCAAGAAGUUGCAGGAAAAACCUUCGCGCCGCGGCCACUCGCCCACUCCUUCUCCUAUUCCGAUGGUCGAUCCCACACGUGACGGAAUUCUGACUCUGCUAAAGGAAAUUCGUGAGGAGACUGGAAACAAUAGGUCGCCUGUUGGAUCCAUCGACCCGAACAUGCUGUCUGUGGACGGACCAGGCAAGAGCCGCAGCGUCUCUCCCAUAUUUCUGGCCACCAAUACCCUGAAACAGCAGCAGCAGCAGCAGCAGAUACACCAAUCAACCACCCAACUCUUGCCCAGCGUCCCUGCUGUUGCCAAGAUCCAGUCUGAAACUCAGCGUCAAGCUGAUACCAAAGAACCGCUUCCUGCUGCCACCAGAGACGCUCCGAAGGUGAUCAAGAAAAAGCAACCCUUGGACGAGCCAACCAUCUCCAUCCCUAGGCCACAGAAGUUCGAAGGCAAGGCGCCUGCCCCUCCCGUGCCCAGCGUCACGAAGCCUCAAGAAAAUCCGAGCGUCCCCCGCGUUGAGGUCUCCAAGUCGGCUGAGGCGUCCAAGGCCAAAAAACCUGCCAAAGAACUUGAGCCACCCAAGCAGCCCGAAAUGAAGAAACCUGAGCCACCAAAACCUCCGGAGGUCAAGAAACAACCCGAAGCGUUGAAGAUGCCCCAAGUGCCCUCUGUCGAAAUCACUGCCUCGACCCCGGUGAUGCCUCACUCUGGAAGAUUCAGUUCCACUGAGCAGCUCAUCCCCGAAAGCGACCCACCCUCCCCUGAUGUCAGCAACCUGCGAGUUGGUCAAAAGGUGGACGGCGUUUCCACGAUCAAAAGGCAACCCAAGACCGGAUGGCUGUAAAACCACUGUAGCUUUUUACUGUUUUUAUCGUAAUCAAUGUGAAAUUUAUUAUUGUUUUUGAUUAUUACUUUUUUAAUUUAAUUAAAUCAGCAUGUAUUAUAAUUACCCCAGUUGCCAAAACUGACUUUUAUCCGGAUAUUAUCCUCUCCAGAGAAUAAUAAUCCGGAUAAUUUUUCGAUUUUGGCAGCUGGGGUAAUCAUCUAAUUCUUAUAAUAAGAUUGUCUACAGUUUAUUCAUUUUUAGUAUACAAACAUUAUUAAAAUAAAUUAAAUUCAAAAUUAACUAAA